AUGGCGAGCGGCCUCGGGCCUGCGGGACGCAGCAACUUGGGAGGGCUGGGGGGGGGUGUCGGGCUUGGGGCUGCCCCGGUGCUCCAUACACACGCACACAGCACCCCUUUCUCCUCCCUCCUCCCCUCCACGCCGGGCUGCUCUCCAGGGGAGGAGCGAGGAAGCGUAACGUUUUCAAAGCUGAACAGCCCCCCUCCUCCGCCAAAAAGAAAAAAAAAAAAGAAAAAAAAGAAAAAAAGGCAACAACCCCCCCACCACCACCACCAGCACAAGCCCAAACGCAGCACACACACAGCAUUAGACCUUCCCUCGACUCCGCGCUGUGCCCGGAGUAACUACCAAGUGGCCGGAACUCCGCCGGGAAGGCGGGCAGCCUCGACCCCCCCCCCUCUCCCGCCCCGGCAACUCCGCAGCGCCCGGAGCCGCUCCAUCCCCGCCGAGCCCCCGCUCCGCCCCGGCCGGGAGCUGCGGUGCUGCGCGCCCCGUGCAAAGAGGAGGAGGAGGAGGAGAAGACGGCAGCCCCGGGCCCGGCGAGAGGCCUCCCGCCCGUCCUGCCCGCCGGCCAGCCGCCCUAACUCCGGUAACUACGGGAAGUUCAAGUUGGCGGAAGCACGGGGGGACCCUGCCCGGCGGCCCCGCUCCCCGCAGCCCCGAGCCGUGACCGCACCUGCGGGGACUGCGCAGCCACCGACCCGCGCCGGCCGCAUCCCGCUCUUCCUCUUCCUCCUCCUCCUCAGCGGGAUCCCGCCGAACCCCGCUCCUGCCAUUGCAGCGCGCUCGUUUGCUCCCCAACAGCGCCGGGCUGCCCGUGCCCGCCGCCCCCUCCCAACCCCAUCGAUCGGCGCAGCCGGGGCUCCCCCCGGCUCUGCCCCUGGCCGGCACCGCGCAGCCCCGCCGCCGGCUCCGGAAAGCUCCCGCAGCCUCUCCCUUUAAGCGGACCCGGCUGGCGACUUUGCUGCUGAGCUGAAACUGCUAAUUUCUGUGACCAGCUUUUUUCUUAGCUGUGAUCUGGAUGAAUGAGUAGCUGUCUCACAGAGAUGACAAAAAUAAACUCUAAUCCCCCCAAAAAUUUCCACUACAUCUUUCUCAUGCAUAGAUUUAUGAUCUUCAAGCGCCCUGUGCAAUAUGCAAACUUUUUGUGUGUGUGUGUGUGUGUGCUGCUGGGGGGGCAGGCUGUUGUAUUCAGGUUGCAUAGGGUUUAUGUCUCUGCUCUCCCCUCCACCCCGGAUGUGAUGGAAAUAAUGCCUGAUUUCAGCACCCGAUACAUUGCCCCCUCCACCCCCCAGUAUUUAUAUUAUUGCGUUGAUGAGGUGUGUUCUCCUUUCUAGCAACCGGGGUGAGGCUGAAGGGGCGGAGGGGAGAGAGAGAAAGUGAGGCUCCUACAUGGUGUUAGUGGCAAAACGUUCCCUUUCCAUUUGUUCCCCUGCACUGUUCAAGAUUUAUGAUCUUGUUUGAAGGCAUAUUUUCUCUAUUGUUUUGUCUGGUUAGACAACCGUCUCUGAACUUCACUGUCAGCUCUUCAACAGAUAAGGGUUCAGAAGUCACUUUUUUGUUGUUUUUUAUUGGAAGAUUAGCAUAUUGUCAGAUUUGUCUUUCAGUUUCGAGACUUUGCAAUGCAGAACCCUGAAUCAAAUGGCAGGAAAGCAGCUGCUAUAUCGCGAAUGUAACCUUUCAACUUUCUGCCAGAUCUGAUACCCCGAAACAUGCGCAGCCCAUGCUGCUGGGGCUUUGUUUUGGCUUUGGUUUUUGCUCCUUUGUUGCUGGAACAAGCAGAGGGAGUUCUCAUGGUAGGCACCUGGAGGCUUUUUCUUUCCACAAAGGGACAUUUUGGUAGAGGGCACGUUCUCUACACUUUAUCUCAUGAUGUAUUGCACCCUCACAUAGAUAGGUGUGUUCCUCUGUUGUCAAACCUGCAACUGUCAAAUAAAUAAAUAAAAAGAGAAACAAAAAAGAGGAAAAAAAUGAAAGGUGGGAUGUAUGCCCUUGAAAGAAUUGCACAUGAAGGGAGGCUGGAAUGAGCACUUAGGGGAAGUUUCACUUGAUGUGAAAUCCAUAAGACCUAUCCUGUUUCCCAGAUAAUACUAAUGCUUUUGUCACUGAGAUACACUCCAGGAGUGGGACUUGAAAUGCCAGCUCUCAUGGUCCUCCUCUUUGGCUUGGCUGAGGAUGCCAGUGCAUUGGCAGAGCUGGAGUCAGAUUGCGCAGGGAUGCAAAGGAAUGGAACUGAAAGGCAUCAUGACAGGUUUCAUUUUUAUUUACCUUCUGGUGACCUUAAAAAAGAAGUUCUGCCACACUUCCCCAUUUUGCCUCACCAGAGAGCUCCCGGCCUCCUCCUUUGUGUGUCAGUCCUUUCUGUAAGACAUUUCCAAGAGAAAUUAGAUAGCUUCUGUUUUAGGGCAUAGUAUUCUUCCUAAAAGAAUGACGCCAUCUUAAUGCUUCUGCUAAAAACAUUUUUGUUGUUUUGUUCCUGCUCUUCCUCCCCUUAAUUCCAACUAUACAUUGUUGAGCGCCCAGAUUUGGCCCCACGCAGAUGAGUGAAUUACAAAAUGCUCUAUUCCAACCAUAGCUGGUGUUUUUAGUGAUCACAGAAUCACAGAAUCAUUGAGGUUGGAAAAGAGCUCUAAAAU